AUUUCUAUUGGUCGGAAGCUAAGUCGUGCCGUGUCUUGUCACCAGAGGGCCUCGCUGCGCAGUGUCGGUCAGAGAGGGAGCCCGGUGCCGCGGCGACGCCAUUUUGUCUGCUUGUCUCUGUGUUACCGCGCUUCGUGCAGCGAGCUGAGGAGAGAGAAUGGGGGAUCACUACCAUCGCGGCGGCGGGUACCCAUCGGGACCACCAAGGGAUUUCCGCAGAGAUGGGGACAGCAGAUAUUCUGGACAUCAUGCACCAGAUCAUUAUGGUUCCACGGGUGGUGGUGGUUACCCCCCACCUCACAGACAAGAUCCCAUCAAACAAGAAAGAGAACCGUUUUAUGACCGGAGAACCAUGGAUCCAGGACCUCCUAUGGAUAAUCUGGCUCUAAAAACAGAGUUUAAGCAGGAGGAGCCUGAUGCCAGUUACAGGGGGGGCAAUGCUGCGGGACCUCCUCAGUCCUUCCAGAACCGCAAAAGGUCAUUCGAGGACAGGGGGAGGCCAUACCUUGAGCAACGUGAUGACAGGCGAGUGAGGUCACCGCAAGGUCGUGUCGAUGAUGAGGACGAUGUGUUCGACGAUAGCAUUGUGGUCCUGGAUAACUAUAACAGUGACCUGCACUUCAAGCUGAGCAAAGACCGAAUGACCGGUUUCCCACUGACUAUGGAGGGUUUUGCUUACCUCUGGUCUGGAGCCCGGGCUACGCAUGGGGUCAAUAAGGGCAGGGUGUGCUUUGAGAUAAAGGUUAAGGAAGAAAUUGCAGUGGGACACCUGCCAGCCAGCGAGCCAGACCCGCACGUAGUUCGUGUUGGAUGGUCCCUGGACACCUGCACCACUCAGCUAGGUGAGGAGCCAUUUUCUUAUGGCUACGGUGGUACAGCGAAGAAAUCUACCAACUGCAAGUUUGAGACUUAUGGAGAGGUCUACGGAGAGAACAGCGUCAUCGGGUGUUAUAUCGAUUUUGACUCUCGACCAGAUAUUGAGAUAUCGUUCUCCAAGGAUGGUCGUUAUUUGGGCACAGCCUUCCGUAUAAGCAGGAGUUCUGUGGGCAACAAGGCUUUCUUCCCUCACAUUUUGGUGAAGAACUGCUGUGUCGAAUUUAAUUUCGGGCAAACAGUUGAGCCUUUCUGCACUAUUCCUCCCGGAUACACAUUCAUACAGCACGUUCCCCCCUUUGAAAAAGUACGAGGAACAGAGCCCCCUAAAAACAAAGGAGAAUGUGAGAUUCUGAUGAUGGUGGGCCUGCCUGGGGCUGGUAAGACCACCUGGGCGAUUAAGCACUCGUUGGCCAAUCCUGAAAAGAAAUACAACAUGCUUGGCACUAAUGCCAUUAUGGAGAAGAUGAAGGUUAUGGGACUUAGGCGGCAGCGUAACUAUGCCGGUCGCUGGGAUGUCCUCAUUCAGCAAGCCACAAAGUGUUUAAAUCAGCUCAUCCAGAUAGCUUCCCGCAGGAAACGGAACUACAUCUUGGAUCAGACAAACGUCUAUGCCACAGCUCAGCGCAGGAAGAUGCGACCGUUUGAAGGAUUUCAGCGCAAGGCUGUUAUAAUCUGCCCCACAGAUGAAGAUCUACUGGACCGUAUUGUGAAACGCACAGACGAGGAAGGAAAGGAUGUUCCUGACCAUGCUGUGCUAGAAAUGAAAGCGAAUUUUAGCCUUCCAGAAGCAGGAGAGUUCUUGGAAGAGGUGAUCUACAUUGAGCUGCAGAAGGAGGAGGCACAGCUUCUGGUCCGCCAGUACAACGAUGAAGGAAAGAAAUUAGGGCCACCCCCUGACAAGAAAUUCAGAGGCCGUGGUGGGGGACCCCCUGGUGGAGACAGAGGCAGAGGCGAUGGGGGGCGUGGAGAUAAUCAGCGAUUUGACAGCCGCGGCCCUUCUGGUGGUAAUAGAGGAGGGUUUCCAGGUAGAGGUGGAAACUCAGGAAGUGGAUUCCGAGGUGGCAGCGGAUUUAACAGAGGGAACAAUUCUCAGAGUCGGUGGUCUGGGGGCUCACAGGAUAAUGGCUCAGAACAUCGAGGUGGCUAUGGCCAGAACAGUCAGCAGCUCAGUUACAACACAGCAGGCAGCCAAGGCAGUGGUUAUGGUGGUGGUACACACUCCUCAAAUCCCCCUCAUGAUGCCUCCAGCAGCUAUAGCCAAGGGCAGCAGUCAAGCUUUGGGCAAGGUGGCUACAGCAGUGGAGGAGGCUAUGGCCAGGGUGGCGGAAGCAGUGGAGGAUACGGCCAGGGUGGCGGAAGCAGUGGAGGUUACGGCCAGGGUGGCGGAAGCAGUGGAAGUUACGGCCAGGGUGGCGGAAGCAGUGGAGGUUACAGCCAGGGUGGUGGAAGCAGUGGAGGUUACAGCCAGGGUGUCGGAAGCAGCGGAGGUUACGGCCAGGGCGGUGGAAGCGUUGGUGGUUAUGGACAAGGAGGUGGAAGUGCUGGAUACGGCCAGAGUGGUGGAAGUAGUGGUGGAUACGGCCAGGGCGGUGGAAGCAGUGGUGGCUAUGGCCAAGGCAGUGGAAGCGGUGGUGGUUACAGCAGCCAGAGCUACAGCACCAACAAUCAAAGCUAUAGUGGUGCGCAAAGCUACAGCCAACCGCCACCUCCAAACGCCUCCUCUUCGCAGUCCUCGUACAACCAGGGUGGCUACAGUCAGCAGUCGUAUGGAAAUCAGCAGUGGAACCAGGGUCCUGGCCAGGCCCAAAGUCCAACUCCUGGUCAGUCACAAGGUCAAGGGCAGUGGAGUUAUGGAGGUGGAGGCGGCAGCAGCAGCAGCGGUGGUGGUGGUUAUGAUCAGCCUGCUCGAUACGGCUCUUAUGGCGGAGCACCGUGAGAUUCUGUAGGAAAGUGACGUUUGUUUUGGUUUCACACCAGGACCGAUUUGAGAUCCUCAACCACAUUGGAUUAAACUUCCUACUUUUCUGAUCAACCGUAAACACGAAUGGACUCCUAUGUUUGGGUCUGUUAUGGGAUAAUAGUUUGCUGGCACCAAGACAAGUACAUAUAUAUAUCAUUUUACUGUGUCUCAAGAAGAAUACAUAAAGUGAAUGUUACUCCUUUUAGCUAGUAAUUGUCCUUUUUGGAAGUUGUCUCUGGAAAAACAAACCCCCAUUCUCCAGCGUGCAUUCCAUGCUAUGUAACUGUGCAGCAGACUUGACUGCACUUUUCAGUUUUUAAAUUUUUUGUUUGUUCCUUUUUAUUCCCCUUACUACUUGUACUUACUUCAGUGUAGCAGUACCUGCUCAUGCCUGCAUGGAUUCCUAAUGAAAUGUCUGUACCAUAGGCUUUAACUUGCUUUUUUGCCAUGUUACAAAAAAAAACAAAAAAAAAAAUGACUUUAUUUUAUUGUAGAAGAUUAAUGUUUUACUGUUUUUUGCUGUUUAAAAAAAAAAAAAAAAUUAUUGAAGUUUUCAUUUCAUUAUCCAGAGGGUAACAUUACAACCUGCCACAUUUUCUGUUUCAUUGCACAUGUCUGUGAUGGAAGACCAUUUGUUUUUGUUUUUUAUUCUAAUUUGGAUCGGUGUGAAUAUUGAAUUUUAAGGGAAAAAUU